CCGUGGCAUCAAUAACGCCGGUGCAUUUUGGUCUGGAGGAGGUGUCGGCGGAGAACGGAAAUGCUUCGUAUAAUUUUAUCAUGCGGAGACCGGUUGGACUGUCGAAAAGUACAGCAGCAGGAUUUGCCGCGGUGCUGUUCAAUGUUGUCGGAAACAUCACCGGUGUGGCGCUCAACAAGACCGUGGCCACGAUGCUCGUACCGGACACGACGACGUCACCAGCGCCAUUCACACUGCAGUGUCCUGAUGCACGAGGCAAUCGGCAGUUCGAUCUGACGAACCUCGAUCCUUCUGUAGCAUACAGAACCGCGCCUAACGAGCACCGCCAAAUUGUCGUGCUAAUGUAUUUAAAAGGUGACCUGGAAAAGUGCAUCGGCGUUCUGUUGAACUCGCGCUGGAUUCUUACAUCCUACGAAUGCGUCUCUCAAGCUGACCCCAUGAUAUCGCCGGGGGAUUGGGCGCUAUUCACCGACCCCAGCUCCAUGGAUCGGAGCUCCUUCCAUAUGAUUCGACGGUUUGUUCCCCAUCCGAAUGUUAAGUUUAAUAUCUAUUUUUCCAAGCACGAUCUGGUGUUGGUGGAAGCCGUGGAAAGCUUAAUAAUAGGCUCCAAUCUGGGGAAAAAUGCGGCUGUGUGGAUGCCGAGGAGUUCGGUAGCGCUGAACGCGUCGUGUGUAUCCUAUGGAUACUUGCACUCAAGAACGGAAAUUCCGGGCACGCGGAUGACUAAACGGCCGGAAGGGCAACUUUAUUUCUGGAAGACUCCGCUGAUAUCGACGGAGCAGUGCAAUCAAGCUGGCAAUUACAACGGAUUGAUCACCGACUCGAUGGUGUGUGGCGGUUUCCGCAAUACCACGCACAGGAGUCCCUGCAUGGGUCGAGUGGAUGGCGCGCCGGUAAUUUGCCGGAAUGCCGAGCAGUUAUGGGAAGUGGUGGGGAUCCGCAGUUUCCAGCCGGUGUGUGAUUCUCUCUGGAUGGCCCCCUCGGUGUACACCGACAUCUACCAGCACCGGCAAUGGAUCAGCGAUGUAAUCGGUCCUUAUCUGACCAUGAACCAAAUGACCACAGCCGAAUAGUUUUGUUAAGUGACAUAAU